AUGAAAAACGUUGAAAGUCUAGACGAAGAAAACGCUCGCGUUCUGGUACGCCUCGCACUCGGCGGUGAUCAGGUCUCGCUCAACGAAUAUCUUUUGCAGCUAGUCUCGAAGGCCGAGUACAGCAAGUUCUCCAAAGUUUUGAACAGUGCCAAGUACGAGGAAUACAAAAACCGCGAAGCUGCUCCGGCCGUUGUCGUAAAAGAGGAACGAUCUUCGGAGAUACGGAAGGUUAAAAAGGAACCCUCGGAUUCGCCUCCUCCGCCCAGCAGGUCAAAACCACCGCAGGACGCUCGGAAACCUCGAUCGCACAGCAGCUCUCGAUCACCGUCACGCAGCCAACGGCGAGAACAUAAAGAAGAUCGCGUCCGCGAUCGAAGACGGGACGAUCGCAACGACGACUACAGUAGGAAUAGAGAUCAAGUGGAACGUAGUGAUCGUUAUCGAGAAGAAGAACUUGAACGCCAAACGGAACAACACCGAAACCGUCGUCGGAGCAACUCCCGAGAUCGGCGGGUACAGCGACCGGCAUAUACCAGUGAAGAUUCCGACUCGGCCAGCUCGGAUUCCGAUUCGGAACGGGAUCGACGCCACAAGCACCAUCAUAAGCACAAAUCAUCGUCCUCGUCCACCACGAAGCACUAUGCGCGAACCUCGUCGGGGACCAAGAAAAAGUCUCACAAGUACAAACAACGGCGAGAUCCGUCGAGGGACAGGCAUCACUCCUCCGACGACGAUGAUCGGCACCACAAGAAAAAGACAAAAAAGAGCAAGAAACAGCGGAGCCGAUCCCGGAGCAGAAGGUAGGUGAAGAUAUGUGUUCUACCCCUAGCCUUGUGGGUUUAUGUAUUUUGUGAUUGAAAUUCAACGUUUUUUUUAACGAUUAAGAAACUUGUUCAAAGUAUUCUAAACAA